AACAAACCAAGACUCAUUUCAAUCAUCCAUCAAACUUCACAUAAUUCCCAGUGAGAGCUUGUACAUCUCUGCUGGUAUCUGCAAACCACCUUCACUCAAUUCACCGAGUGAAGCCAUAUACACCACAAGCCAAAUCACAUUAUGCUCAGGCGGUUCCCGCGCUUUGCCAUCACACGUCUCACCAAUACCCACUACACACCAUCAGCCUUUCGCUUUUCCAGCACAAUGUCCAAGGACGAUCAGCAGCAGCCUGCUCAGGCAGAGACCAAUGGCAGCAAGAACCCCCUCCCACUACCAGCCCCGGACUCAGACACCGCCGCCUCCUCCAGCAGCAGGGGGAAUGGCGUGACGGAGCUACGUGUUGGAGAGUCUGUUGCGCUCGACUCCAUGGGGCCCCUCGUGGUCAACAGAGAUGGAACCAUGGGUAGGAUUGGAAACUGGGCGGGCAUGACGGAGCACGAAAAGGCACAGACGUUGAGGUUGUUGGGAAAGAGGAAUAAGGAGCGGCUGGAAGUUAUUAAAGCGAAGAAGGCGGCAGAAGAGGAGCAGAAGUGAGAGUGGGAUAUAUACACGUUCACAAGGAUAACUUUUGGUUAAUGAGAUAAGACAGCGAAAACAUAGACACAUGGUUACGACGUAAACUGAAAAGAGAAACAUUUGGAUGUGAA